AUAUAUGGCAAUGGAUAACCCAACUGUUAUCGAAACCCAAGUGUUUCUCCGUGACACACCUAAUGAUACAAGUCCCUGCAAAAGGAGAUACAAAGUUGUGCUACUUGUAGUUUUGUUCACAGUGGUGAUAUGUGGUAUAGGAAUAGUGUGGAAACUUAGACAUCAAAAGGAUGCAGAGGAGAUCAGGAAUGUAACAAAAUCUAGUCCUACAAACGAGGGAGGAUUAGUAAACGCAUUGAGUAACCUAACAAAUCAAGAGAAUGCACAGGACAUCAGGAAUAAAACACAAUCUACUUAUACGAAUUACAGCAGUAUAAAUACGUGCCUUUACAUAACAUCUGAAGGUUUUUUGAAAAAACUGCCAAAUGAUACAUUUGCAUAUGGAGAAGUAUGUACAAUAGGAUCAGAAUUCGUGAAGAAAACAUGUGGUAUUGGUAAAGAGAAAUCGGAAAGUAGUCAUGUGUGCGAGAAAUGUACAGAUGGAAGCAUUCUUCCAUCGUUUUGCUUCUGUGACAAGGAUGUGCACUGUGUCAAAGAUAAAGAAUUAUUGGGAAGUCGAGCAGCCGAUUACUCUAAAAAAAUUUGUCAAUGGUGUGCAGAUAUUUUCAAAGUUUAUUUUAAAAACCGAGGCAUUCCGAGUUGCUUUAGUGACUUUCAAGCUCUGGUGAAACAGACCUGUACAGAAGGUUAUACUGGGUUCAUGUGUAGUGUCAUAUCAAAACGUGUAUGCUCCUUAGAAUUUGAACAUCCCAAUUUAGAGGAAUGCAACAGGUCAAAUCUAGAAGAGGAAUGUUUCCUUAGAACGAUAUGGCCUGGAACAUAUUACCAUUGCCAACCUUUCACGGAUUUCAAUAUCAAUGAAAGAAGAAAAAACCUGGAAGCUUGUAACCUGAAUGCUACCCCAUGACAGAAGAAAGGUACAAAAUUAAAUUGAGAAAGAAUUUUAUAUAAACAACUGCAAGGAUAAACAGCUUUCUGUUCUUGUUUGAACAACGUCUAGUUGAUGGAUGAUAUCUUCCCUGAAUGUGUGUACCGCAGACAUAGAUACAACGAAUUCUUGAUUCAACUGAGUUUUACUAUGCGUAUUGCUGUGUGUUUGUUUUUUCUAUAUUGGCUAGAGGUAAAGGGGGAGGGUUGAGAUCUCACAAAACAUGUUUAACACUGCCGCAUUUUUGCGCCUGUCCCAAGUCAGGAGCCUCUGGCCUUUGUUAGUCUUGUAUGAUUUUUAAUUUUAGUUCAUUUUUUUAAGAGUUUAGUACGACGUCCAUUAUCACUGAACUAGUACACAAUUUUGUUUAGGGGCAAGCUGAAGCACGCCUUAGGGUGCGUGAUUUUCUCGCUAUGAUGAAGACCCAUUUGGUGGCCUUCGGCUGUUUUCUGCUCUUUGGUCGGGUUGUUGUCUCUUUGACACAUUCCCCAUUUCCAUUCUCAAUUUUGUUGAAGAUUGAGAACCACAAGAAAAGCUAAACAGAUAUAGUGGUACAUGAAUUUCUUUGAUAUUUGGCAUCUUUUUUCAAUUCAUAUAACAAUAUGCAGAUUGAGUUGUAAAUUAAAUUUGGUAAGUUGAUUAUACCGUCUUGGUCAUUGUUUGGUUCUUUUAAGUUAUACAUCAAUCAGUUGUACCUUUUAUAGAUAUACAAAGCUCUGGAAAGAGAACAUUUGCAUUUCAAAUAUCUUUCACACAUUUUUUUUUUUUUUUUGAAUGGCAGGUACUGUAAAUUUAUAAAUGAUUCUGUGCAUUUAUUAUUGCGAUUUUUGAAGAAGAGAAAAAAAUGCGAGAUUAAUUAUUGCGAUUUCAGGAAAAUCUGAAUACAGUUAUAUGUAUAUAGUAUCACAAUGCGAGUUCUUAUUAUUGUGAUACUCAUCCAAUCGCAGAAAGAAAGAUGACAGAUACCAGAGGGGCAUUCAAACUCAUAAGUCGAAAACAAACUGACAACACCACGGCUAAAAAGGGGAAGAUACCAACAGACAAACAAUAGUACACAAAACACAACAUAUAAAACUAAAGACUGAGCAACACGAACCCCACCAAAAACUGGAGAUGAUCUCAGGGGCUCCGGAAGGAUAAGCAGAUUCUGCUCCACAUGUGGCAGCCAUCGUGUUGCUUAUGUUAGUACAAACCCGGUAGUAAGUAUAAUACGCAUUAAUAAAAACCUAGCAAUAGUAUCUGAAUUUACAGUAUUUCAAAGGAAACUACCGAUGUGUUUGAAAGGCAAUAUUAAACAUUCCAUCUAGUUCAUUGUGUAGUCGGUUUAUAUAAUUGACUUGUAUUGUCUACCAUUAGAAGGAAACUUCGGAAUGAUUCAAACUAAUGCUACCAGUUGAUAUGUACAGAUUGUAUGUUUCGGAGGUUAGUGUGGUGUCCAUUUUGCUGAACUAUUACACAUUAUUGUUUAAGUGCCAGCUGAGGCCAGCUCGAUAAGAUGAAUACCCAUUGGUGGCCUUGGGCUGUUUUCUUCUCUUUAGUCGGUUUAUUUUUCAUUUUGGCCAAUUCCUUGAUUCCAUUCUCUAUUCUAUUUGUAAUAACAUUGUGAUAUAAGGUCAAAGAAUGUUAACAGAAGUAUCCAAAAUAUAGAU